AUGGUGUAUUGCCGUUGCGUGAGGCACAUGAUCUUCCUCGCAUCGGGGAACACGGCGCCACGAUUUGACAUGAACAGCUCUUUCUCCUUGCCAGAGGACACACCUGUAGGAGCCUGGGUUUUUCAGCUGGUGGCUGUGGAUGUUGAUGGAGAUAAAUUGUUCUAUAGCUUAGCAGGUGAAAACAGCUUCUACUUCUCAGUAAACAGUGAAUCAGGCAACGUGACACUAAAGCAAAGAGUGGAUUAUGAGCUAACGAAAACAAUUCGUGUUGAAGCCAAAGUGACAGACAGGCUGAAUGUAGCUGUUUCUAAAACACUCACCAUCAUUGUAAAAGACCGGAAUGACAACAAGCCGAUCUUCCAGAAUGAGCCCUAUUUUACAGAAGUCCUUGAGAAUACCCCAGUUGGUUCCCCAAUCUACAACGUCUUGGCCUUCGAUGAAGACAGUGGAACAGCUGGACAAGUCUCUUAUUCCAUUGAAGAAGUCACCCCCAACAACGCAGAGAAUCGCCAGCUCUUCUACAUUUUCUACAAUGGGACGGUGGUGCUGAAUGGGUCGCUUAGUUACAAUAACAAGAGCACUUUCUACCGAAUUAAGAUCCUAGCCCGGGAUAAUGGGGGACAGCUGAACAAUGCACUUGUCUAUCAGAACAACACUGCCUAUCUGUCUGUGACAGUUGUUGACGUGGCUGACUUGGACCCCGAGUUCCUGGGAGGGCCGUAUGUAGGCUCAGUGCCGGAGAACUGCCCCCUGGGGACCCCAGUGGUGAAGGUGUUCGCCAUCGACAGAGACAAGGGAGUGAACGACAUCAUCCACUACAGCAUCACCAACAUCACUAGCUUGUUCACAAUUGACACCAGCACAGGGGUCAUCACUGUGAGUGGCCACCUGGACCGGGAGGGUGUUCCAGGCGAAGAGGUGCAGCUCCACGUUGUGGCUCAGGAAGAAACCCCAGACAUUUACCAGCAGGUGGCACAAGUGAGCACCACCGUGUCCAUCCAGGUCACGGAUAUCAACGACAACACGCCUCAGUUCUAUCAGUGCACCUAUCCUGCCUGCAACUUUUCAGGCCCUACACAAAGCUUCUUUUCUGGCCAGAUUGAAGAACAUGCUUCUGCCAGGACACCUGUGGCCAACCUUACCAUUGUGGCCUAUGAUCCUGACAAGGGCUCCAACGGUACCUUCCAGCUAUCCCUGCAGGGUCCAGAUGCAGCUGCGUUCUCUGUGUCACCGCAGCAGAUCGUGAAUGAAAACGCUGUGCAGGUGCUCGUGCGCAAUUCCGCCCUUGUGGAUUAUGAAAAGUCUCCUGUCAUGACUGUGGAGAUAGUAGCAAAUGACACUGGAAGGGGGACUGACUGCUGCUCCAUUGCCACCGUCUCCAUCCAACUCCUCGACAUCAACGACCACCGGCCCGAGUUCCAGCAGAGCAGCUACAAACUCUACGUGCUGGAGGAGAGUCCCCCGGGUACUGUUGUUGCUUCCAACAUCACAGCCACCGAUCCAGACAGUGGGACGUUUGGAGAGAUCACCUACCAGCUGCUGCCGGAGAGCAUCCACUCCACUUUUACGGUGAUUCCAAGAAAUGGCACAGUGCUAGUGGCCCCUGACAGUCAGCUGGACUGGGGCGUCCGACCCUUCUAUUAUGCUACCCUGCAGGCCAUGGACGGGGGUGGCCUGUCUGGCUCCACGCAGCUGGAGAUUUCUGUGCUUGACAUCAACAACAAGCCUCCAGUUGUGACUGGCUCCUAUAAUAUUUUUGUCACUGAGGGCCAAGGCAAUGUAUCCGUCCAGAUCCAGGCCACUGACCAAGAUGAGCCGGGGACGAAUAACAGUCGCUUGCAGUAUGAGAUCGUGCCUGGCGAAUUCAGCAACAACUUCACCAUCACCCCAGACACAGGAGUGCUGAGCAGCAGAGGACCUCUGGACCGAGAGGCCAUCCCUCCGGCGUACGAGGGCAGAAUAGUGGUGACCGUACUUGUGCAUGACUUGGGUGUCCCUCAGUUGAGCACCACUGUCAACGUCACCAUCACUGUGGAGGACAGAAAUGACAACGCACCCAGAUUCAGCCAGCCCUUCUAUGAGUUCUCUGUCAAAGAGGGCUUGCCAGGAGUCCUUGUCGGAGAUGUGGAGGCCACAGAUGCCGAUCAGACGGAGAUUAACAACCGCAUCUCCUUCUACAUUACAAACAGCAUGGGUUCAAGCAACUUUUUGAUACGUUCCAGUUACCUAAACCUUGGCUGGUACCAGGGGACAUUAUCUUUAGACCCAGAUAUUGCUCUUGACUACGACCGGAUGGAGCAGAAGUUCUUCAGUCUGACUGUGCAGGCUGAAAAUUCAGACUUUGGGGGGCAUGUUGAUGCUGACAACGCCACAGUGAAAGUGAAUGUGGAGGAUGUGAACGAUGAGCCCCCAGCCAUCGUGCCUUCUCCCCCACGUGAUGUUGUCGUCUUGGAGAACGCCACUCUGCACGAGUCAGUCGCCACACUGACUGCCACCGACAUGGACACCAGGCACUCCCUGAUAUUCCAGCAGUUGGCCGUCGCGUGCCUCAAGGACUCGGCCAGUGCAGGCAACGUAUGCCAGCACUGGUUCUCCCUGGAGCCCAAUGGUUCCAUCAUUGUGAAUAGUUCAGAGAUAGACUACGAGGCCUGUGACCUAGUGGAGCUCACGCUGCGUGCCCAGGAUGAGCUCACCGAAGUGGGAGAGCCCUACAGUAACAACGAAACCCUGCGAAUCAUCAUUGCUGAUGUCAAUGACAAUGCGCCCAUGUUCCUCCCGAUCACCGACACCUUUGUGAUAAUCCCAGAAGUCUCUCCAAUAGACCUGCAGGUGGCUGUGGUCAGGGCUACGGAUGCUGAUUCAGGUGUGAACAGUGUGAUCACAUUUGCCAUCUCGCAGGUAGUUUUUAUCAAGGACGACGGAGGAGAGCAGAGCUUUGACAGCCUUUUCAAAGUGGUGACAACGGUAGAAAAGGACCUCUACUUGGGAAGCAUCCAAGUGGCCAGCAACCUCAACAGCUUACUGAAGGGUCGAUACAAUAUCACCGUGGAAGCCAGAGACCAGGGGACGCCGCAGCUCAGUUCUCUGCAAUCACUGGAUCUCUUUACUGUGGACCAGAGCUACCGAGUCAAGCUGUCUUUUACCAAGCAAUUGAAUGAUGUGCAGUCCAAUGCAGAUGAAAUCAAAGUGGCUCUCAGUGCAGCAACCAAGACUACAGUCUACAUAGCAACAAUCAAAUCUGAGGAAUCUCCCUCCAGAUCUGCCAGGGCUUCUGCAAAGAUAUUGACAGUGAUGGAGGCCUAUUUUGUCUACAGCAACGGCACGGCUCUAAGUGACAAAUUUGUACGCACGCUCAUCCAGGAAAACCCUGAGCAGCUGCUACGGUUGCUUAACUUUGGCCUGUCUAUUGUUGGCCCCGUGGACGUGAGCCAGCCCAACACGGAGAAGGAGCUGUUUGGCAUCAUUGCAGGGCUGGCUGUGGCCGUGCUUCUUGUCAUUGUCAUCCUGAUCCUGACCAUCAUCGGCAUGAGGCGAAGCCAUGUGAGGAAGCUGAAUGCCCUCAAAGCCCUGAAGAAGGCUUCAGAGGUCUCCGCAUGCGGUGUGCCACAGGGACCAGCUAUUCCUGGGACCAACAUAUACAACACAGAAGGGGCGAACCCUGUGCUUGGUCACUCCUUGGACCCCGCAAUUACCAUGGACUUUGAGGAAAGCCCUAACUAUGAAGUGGCCAGCCUGAACUCUCUGGAUGAGAACAUGGUCGAUGCCGUAGAAAUUGGUCCAGCUGCUGCUUCACGAAAGGGCAACACAAAUGCUCACAACAAGGACAAUGACAGGGAGGAACUCUUGAAAGCUGCCUUGGAAAACUACAAGAAAGGCAAGCUGCAGCAGCAGGAACAUCCCAAGACUACGACUUCCUGCCUCAAGAACACCUCCCUGAACACUACAGAAGUGUGA